AUUAUAAUUUUUUUUUACCUCCCUUCACACCUCUCCCUCUAUAUCUCUUUAAAAUAAUAUUUUUACCUUUUUAAGGAAAAAUAUAAUCUUUUUUUUUGGAAAGUAGAGAAAAAGGAGGAUCAAAGAAAAUAGGGAAGAUGGGGUGGUAUAUAAAAGUGGCCAUCCCCAAACAAUCGGAUGAAGAAAUAACAUCUGCUUUCUUAUGUUCUCAAGAUCAUCAUAUUAUUCAUCAUCAUAAUAAUAAUCAUCAUCAUAAUAACAAUAAUAAUAGUAACGUUUUAUCUUCAUCUUCUUCUUCUUCUUCACCUUCUUCUUCUUCUUCAAUAACCUCAAAGUUAAUGUCUUCUUCAGACCCAGAAAAUGCUUCACGCCCUACUAAUGGCGCUUCUCUCAAUGAUAAUUCUUCUAACCAAUCACAAACCGUUGUUGUUCCCCAAACUGCCCAUCAGAUUAGCACUGAUUCAUGGCUGCAAGCUGGAUUUGUUCUGACAACUGGAAUAAACAGUGCAUAUGUACUUGGAUAUUCUGGGGCCAUCAUGGUGCCUCUUGGAUGGAUUCCUGCAGUACUUGGUUUAAUGGCUGCUACUGGAAUUUCUCUCUAUGCAAAUUCCCUUGUUGCUAAACUUCAUGAAUUUGGUGGAAAAAGACAUAUUAGAUACAGAGAUCUUGCAGGAUUUAUUUAUGGUCCUAGAGCUUAUAAACUGACAUGGGCUUUGCAAUAUAUUAAUCUUUUCAUGAUCAACACUGGUUUUAUCAUAUUGGCUGGUUCUUCUAUAAAGGCUGCAUAUACUCUGUUCAAGGAUGAUGAUGCGUUGAAGCUACCAUAUUGCAUAAUCAUUGCUGGGUUUGUAUGUGCACUAUUUGCCAUAGGGAUACCUCAUUUGUCUGCUUUGAGAAUUUGGCUUGGAGUUUCGACGUUCUUCGGUCUGAUUUACAUUAUAAUAGCUAUUGCUCUUUCACUUAAAGAUGGACUCCAAUCCCCGCCAAGAGACUACACCCCUCCGACAAAAAGAAACCAAGUAUUCACAACUAUUGGAGCAGCUGCUAAUUUGGUGUUUGCAUUUAACACAGGAAUGCUUCCUGAGAUUCAGGCAACAGUGAGGAAGCCUGUCGUUGAAAACAUGAUGAAAGCCCUGUAUUUUCAGUUCACAGUUGGAGUUGUACCCAUGUAUGCUAUUGUAUUUAUAGGUUAUUGGGCAUACGGCAACAAAACCUCAUCUUAUCUCCUGAGCAGUGUCCAUGGUCCCGUUUGGUUGAAGGCCUUGGCUAAUAUUUCCGCCUUCCUUCAAACUGUCAUCGCUUUACAUAUAUUCGCGAGUCCAAUGUAUGAAUACUUAGAUACAAGAUUUGGGAUCUCAGGAAAUGCAUUAAAUCCCAAAAACCUUGGAUUUCGAGUGAUUAUAAGGGGAGGUUACUUAGCACUAAACACAUUUGUUUCGGCCCUGCUUCCGUUCCUAGGCGAUUUCAUGAGUCUAACAGGAGCUAUCAGUACAUUCCCACUCACAUUCAUCCUAGCAAAUCACAUGUAUUUCAGGGCUAAGAGAAACAAGUUGAGCUUAGCAAUGAAGAUAUGGCUUUGGGUGAAUAUUGUUUUCUUCUCAUGUAUGGCUCUAGCUUCCUUCAUUGCUGCUUUGAGACUAAUUGCUACUGACUCCAAAGAAUAUCACCUCUUUGCUGAUUUGUGAACAAUUAAUUAAAGUAUGAUUAACACAUAUUCAAAUGUUUUUAAGUAAUUAAUUAGAUUAAGUUUUCAGCAUUUUAGUAGAAUUUUCUUUUUCUUUCUUUUUUUUUUUCCUUUAACUGUAGUGUACACAUCCUAUUAUUGGCUUAUAUUGUCCAUAUGGGAUUUUCCUAUGAUUCUUCAUAGUGGUAAAAUUGUACUGCAUUGUAUUGGAGAGAAGGAUAAAGAAAUGAAAUAAGAAAAAGAAAUGGAAGAAUAUAAUUUUUUUCCAAA